AUGUUUCAGAUAAUAAGCAAGCAGAUCACCAGUAAAGUCACCAGACCUGCAAGCUUUAAAGUGUUCGGCCGUAGGUUUUAUGCUGCUACUUCUGGUGAAGAGUUCGAUACCGUUGUAAUUGGUGGUGGUCCGGGAGGGUACGUAGCGGCUAUUAAAGCUGCUCAAUUAGGCUUAAAGACCGCAUGCAUUGAAAGAAGAGGCACACUUGGUGGCACAUGUUUAAACGUUGGAUGUAUUCCUUCUAAGGCAAUGUUGAACAAUUCCCAUAUUUAUCAUCAAACAAAACACGAAUUGAAAGAUAGAGGGAUCGAUGUUUCGGAUGUGAAACUAAAUUUAACCACAAUGUUGAAGGCUAAAGAUAAGGCUGUCACGGGACUUACUCGGGGAAUUGAGGGACUAUUUAAAAAGAAUAAGGUAACUUACGUUAAAGGACAUGGAAAAUUCGUUGGAGUAAACGAAAUUGAAGUAGAUGGAUUAGAUGGAAACAAAACUACGCUAAAGGCCAAAAAUAUUAUAAUCGCAACCGGAUCAGAACCAACACCAUUUAAAGGUUUAGAGGUUGAUGAAAAACAAAUAGUUACGUCUACGGGUGCACUUUCCUUAGAAAAAGUACCUGAAAAGAUGAUAGUUAUAGGUGGUGGAAUUAUUGGUCUUGAAUUGGGAUCGGUAUGGCAACGUCUAGGUGCUGAUGUAACUGUUGUAGAAUUUCUUGAUGCUAUUGGUGCUGGAAUGGAUGGAGAGUUGGCCAAGUCUUUUUCGAAAAUACUUCAAAAACAAGGAUUAAAGUUCAAACUGAAUACAAAAGUUAUCGAUGCUACUAAAAAAGAUAACAAAGUAUAUGUAAAUGUUGAACCUGCAAAAGGUGGAAAUAAGGAAACAUUGGAAGCCGAUGUGGUUCUUGUAUCAAUUGGAAGACGUCCUUAUACAGAGAAUCUUGGGUUAGAGAAUGUGGGUAUAGAAGUUGAUGAAAGAGGUAGAGUCAAAAUUGAUUCUCAAUUUCGUACCGACAAACCUCACAUUCGUUGUAUUGGUGAUGUUACAUAUGGUGCCAUGUUAGCACAUAAAGCAGAAGAAGAAGGAAUUGCUGCUGUUGAGUUUAUUAAAGCUGGAUAUGGACAUGUAAAUUAUGAUGCGAUACCAUCUGUAAUUUAUACCCAUCCUGAAGUAGCAUGGUGUGGUAAGACUGAAGAAGCGGUGAAAGCAUCCAACAAACCAUAUCGUGUCGGUACUUUCCCUUUUGCGGCAAAUUCUCGUGCUCGUACUAACGAUGAUUCUGAAGGAAUUGUCAAAAUCAUUUCCGAUUCUGAAACUGACCAAAUCCUUGGAGUUCAUAUCAUUGGACCUAAUGCUGGAGAAAUGAUCGCUGAGGCGGUUUUGGCCAUGGAAUAUGGUGCAAGUAGCGAAGAUAUUGCUAGAACUUGCCACGCUCAUCCAACGCUGUCUGAAGCUUUAAAAGAAGCUGCAAUGUCCACAUAUGAUAAAGCGAUUCAUUUUUAA